GGGACGGGCUGAAGCAGCGAAAUAACACGCGACGAGCUGCUAAAACAAAAGAGGGAGGAAGAUAAUCCAAGAUUUUUCCGACGUGGCUGGGCUCGGACUCGACUUCACGCACAGCCGAUGGAAGAUUUGGGAUAUGCACAGAGUAGAGAUGAGCUGCAAGAAACUGCUUGAUUGCAUGUUCCACUGAAGACAAAGAACAAGAGCUUGAUCUGAGAGGACUUGUCAUAUUGAUCCUGCAGCCAAAGUCACUUGGGAAGACAAACGGCAGUGGAGAACUAUGAUCAUACAGCAAGUCUUAUUGCUGGUGCUUCUCUGGGUGUGCCUGCUACACCCUAGUUUGACAGCAAUGGUGUUCACCAGAACUUCAGACUAUCAGCCCAAAGGUUUUGUGGAACGUGGAGUGGGGAAUGAUGGAAAAGUUCUUCACCGCCAGAAACGAGGCUGGAUGUGGAACCAGUUUUUCUUGCUGGAGGAAUAUACUGGUUCAGAUUACCAAUAUGUAGGCAAGCUCCACUCUGACCAGGAUAAAGGAGAUGGGUCCCUCAAGUACAUAUUGUCAGGAGAUGGGGCUGGCACUCUUUUCGUUAUUGAUGAGAGAACAGGUGACAUUCAUGCCACAAGAAGAAUUGACAGGGAAGAGAAAGCUUUCUAUACUCUACGUGCCCAGGCUAUUAACCGAAGAACGCUCAGGCCAGUGGAACCUGAAUCGGAGUUUGUCAUCAAAAUCCAUGACAUCAAUGACAAUGAACCAACAUUUCCAGAAGAAGUUUACACUGCAAGUGUUCCUGAAAUGUCUGUGGUUGGUACUUCAGUUGUGCAAGUCACAGCGACAGAUGCCGAUGACCCCUCCUAUGGAAACAGUGCCAGAAUCAUCUACAGCAUACUCCAAGGCCAGCCAUAUUUCUCUAUUGAGCCAGAAACAGGCAUCAUAAGGACAGCUCUGCCAAACAUGAACAGGGAAAACAGAGAGCAAUACCAAGUCGUGAUCCAGGCAAAAGACAUGGGAGGCCAGAUGGGUGGAUUAUCAGGGACCACAACCGUGAACAUCACCCUGACUGAUGUCAACGACAAUCCGCCUCGAUUCCCCCAGAGUUCAGUCCAUUUUCGCAUUCCCGAAUCCUCUCCAGCUGGCACGGUCAUUGGAAGUGUAAAAGCUUCUGAUGCAGACAUUGGAAGAAAUGCAGAACUUGAAUAUCGCAUUGUCGACGGUGAUGGAAGAGAUAUGUUUGAUAUUAUUACCCAGAAGGACACACAGGAAGGCGUUAUAACUGUGCGGAAGCCACUGGACUAUGAAAAUCGAAGGCUAUAUGCUUUGAAAAUAGAAGCCGAGAAUCUAUAUGUUGACCCACGUUUUUAUUACCUUGGGCCUUUUAAAGAUGCAACUACUGUAAAAAUAUCUGUAGAAGAUGUGGAUGAACCUCCCAUAUUCAGCAGAUCUUCAUACCUUUUUGAGAUUCAUGAAGACAUUGAGGUGGGCACAAUAAUAGGAACUGUGAUGGCCCGGGAUCCAGAUUCAGCAGCAGGCCCUAUCAGGUUUUCCUUGGAUCGUCAUACGGACCUGGACAGGAUAUUCAAUAUACAUUCUGGAAAUGGAUCUAUUUAUACUUCUAAGAUGCUUGACCGAGAAUUGUCACAGUGGCACAAUCUUAGUGUGAUUGCAGCUGAAAUCAAUAACCCCAAGGAGAUGACUCGCGUUUCUGUUUAUGUCCGAAUAUUGGAUGUGAAUGACAAUGCACCACAGUUUGCCGUAUUCUAUGAUACUUUUGUGUGUGAGAAUGCAAGAGUGGGCCAACUUAUACAAACCAUAAGUGCAGUUGAUAAAGAUGAUCCUCUUGGAGGCCAAAAGUUUUUCUUCAGUUUAGCCGCUGUUAAUCCAAACUUCACAGUCCAGGAUAAUGAAGAUAACACUGCCCGGAUCUUGACAAGAAGGAAUGGUUUUAGUCGGCAUGAAAUAAGUACUUACCUUCUGCCAGUCGUGAUAUCAGACAACGACUACCCCAUCCAAAGUAGCACCGGCACACUGACGAUCCGGGUAUGUGCCUGUGACAGCCGGGGGAACAUGCAGUCCUGCAAUGCUGAAGCUUUGCUCCUUCCAGCAGGCCUCAGCACAGGAGCACUCAUUGCCAUCCUGCUGUGCAUCAUUAUUCUGCUGGUUAUAGUGGUGUUGUUUGCUGCUCUAAAGAGACAGCGAAAGAAGGAGCCUCUGAUCCUGUCUAAAGAGGAUAUCAGAGACAACAUUGUGAGUUAUAAUGAUGAAGGUGGUGGAGAAGAAGAUACACAGGCUUUUGAUAUUGGUACACUGCGAAAUCCUGCCGCUAUUGAAGAUAAGAAACUCCGCCGAGACAUUAUACCGGAAACAUUAUUUAUACCACGGAGGACUCCUUCUGCUCCAGAUAACACAGAUGUCCGAGAUUUCAUUAACCAAAGGUUAAAAGAGCAUGAUAAUGACCCCUCCGCACCGCCGUAUGAUUCGCUUGCAACUUACGCCUAUGAAGGAAAUGAUUCUAUAGCUGAAUCCUUGAGUUCUUUAGAAUCUGGCACUACCGAGGGAGACCAGAACUAUGAUUACCUCAAGGAAUGGGGUCCUCGGUUUAAUAAGCUUGCUGAGAUGUAUGGUGGAGGUGAAAGUGAUAAAGACACUUCCUAACCUACAGUAGGAUAUAAAAAAAAAUUUUUUUGUUCAUUUGAGAGGAAGUAACUUUACAGACACCUUCUCCACGUGACAAUAUUUGAUGUUCAGGAACAUUCUCCUGCCACUCAGCACAAUGGGUUUUUUAAUUAUUAUUUUCAUUUGGUUUGAAUUUGCGCAUUAAUGUCUUUUAUUCUUUCUUGUAUAAUGUCAUAUGGAAUAUAUACAGCAGUUUAUUUAACCCCCUUCCAAACGCCAAAGCUAUCGAAAUUCAGUAUCAUCCAUUUUAUUGAAUAAACGAUACCAUUUGUUUGAGCAGGUUUAUAAUCGCUCAAGCAAUCAGAUACAAGUUGCUUCUGUUAAAACACAUGUUAUACACUCUCAAGUGCAGCUUUUAAAAAGACCCAGAGCGCGAUCCACAAAAGAGCCAUGCAUGCAUGUUCCACUUGUCACCGACAUCUUUAGAAAAUAGGGUUGUUGUUUUUUUUUCCAGAAACUGCCUUUACACUUCCUCCACACAGCUUCCUGAGUUAUUUCAUAUGGAAAACAUUCCCGAUAGGCUCUGCAUAUGGCCAAAAGGGUGUGUGUGGGUUUUUUUUUCUCCCUCUGAAACAUGUUCCUUUGAAAAACAGGUCAAGGUGCUCCAAACCCAUUUGUCUGUUUCCAGUUUCAACAGAAACUCUAGUCUGGUAGGUUCUGCAUAUGCAAUCUCUGAAAAAGGAACAGGUAUAAAAUCAAACAAAUCAAAUGCAUGCACAGAAUGCCUGUGCACAUCUUUUUGGAUCGUGGCCCACAAAGGAGGGGGGGGAGGAGAAAAUAGUAUACCCCUAUUCUGUAAAUUUAUAUUUAAAAAAUCCCUGAAAAUGUACACGUGGUGUUAAUGUGAUAUGCAGCUGGUUUAAAAAAAAACUUUGUGCAACUUCAUUUCAUCAGAUUCUAUCUGCCAAUGUUUUAUAUUUAUAUUUUUGUAUUUAUUUUUAAGAAAUAAACCAGUUUUAUAACGA